GAGGAAGAGGAAGAGGAAGAGGAAGAGGAAGAGGAAGAGGAGGAGGAGGAGGAGGAAGAGAAAGAGGAGGAGAAGGAGGAGGAAGAGGAGGAGAAGGAGGAGGAUGAGGGACGACAGGAUGAGAUAGCACUUGCUAAAUUUGAAAAUAGUUCAAAAUUAUAG